CUGCGUGGGCAUUUUUAUUUUAUUUAUUUAUUUUUUUUUAAUAAUUAUUGACAUGGCAGACAAAGACAAACUAGAUUUGGUCCAUCAGGACGCAAUUCACACUGAGAGAGUCCAGAAAGAACAAAGACAUCAAAAACUCCACACGGAGUUCAGCAUCAAUCCCUACAGGAAACUGCAUAUCCUGCCAGACAAACCCAUGUGUAGGAGACCAACAGAAGUGAUUCCAGAGCAUGCGGAUUUCAUCAAGGCUUUCCACAAGGCCCACGAAGUUCCAACCAAGAAGUAUUCAGUGCCACUCACGGAGAGUCAAGAGAUAGGAUGGGUGUCAACUCCACUGGUCCCCGAGGCUCGCUGUGACACAAGAUACAACUUCUUCAGAUUCAUGACUGAUGUGACCAAACACCAAGAAUUUGCCCAACAGACAAAAAAUUAAACCAUAAAAA